CAAAUUUAAAAAAAGGAAAAAAAAAAAAAAAACCACUUCCAGAUCGCAAGCAAGAAUCGGCGCUCUCUCCGACAAACAAGAAAAGAAAAUCAAGAAAGCAAACCGAUUUCGCGAUGACCGAUCACCCCCGCCUGAGCAUCAACAAUCUACGAACGACGUCGCAUCUGCUCAAACAAGCCGCAGCUUCCUUCUCCGCAAAUCUCUUCACAUUUCUCCUCCUAUCUCUGCUUCUUUUCUCUUUCCGUUCCCUCGUCGAGAAUGGGACCUACGUUCUCACCUCCUUCAUCGACCGUGACCCUUCUCUUAAAUCCCUCCUCUCACGCCUUGACCUCGCCGGCCACCAUGUCCAUCCCUAUCCUCACCCUCACCACCGCCUACCUCCUCGUCGCCACCGCCGCCCAUUUCUCCACCUCACCCGUGUCGGAACCCUGGACGAUGACUUCUUCUCUGGCGAUGAUGACACCGAUCGCUCUCUCUUUGGGCCCAACAGUAAGCUUCCUCCUAAUGGUAGCUCUGUAAUUCUUUACGAUUUCCAUCCAAGUUUGGGUUUUUCCGACUUUCUAAUUGAUAACGGGAUCAAGAUUCCUGAAACCGUGCGCUCUGGGAUUCAAUUCAAGGUGGAAAGUGUACUCAUUGACAGUAACGAUAAGGAUAGGGGGAGUUUAGAUUAUAAUGACGUUGAAAAAGAAGAAGAAGACGAAAAUGGAUCGGUAGGUUUAGAAAAGGAAGGAGAUUUGGAACGGAUAGUGGAUUUGCAGUUCUUUAUUAAGGGAUUGGAACUGGGCAGGCGUGAUGCAGCUGCCUUGUUUUUCCUAGUAAGUUUCUUAUCUGCUGCUUAUGGGUGGGUGAUUCUUGGUUUUACUGCUAUAUAUUCAUGGAUAUUGGGAAUUGCUUUUGUGGCUGUUGUUAAUGAUCUAUUGUCAAGGUUUACUUCAUUUGUUGCUGUUGUUUGGGAUGGGUCCAGAUUGGGGCUAAAAAGACUUACCGGGUUUAUUCUAAUGAGAUGGGCAGUUAGGGAUGCUUUAACGCAGCUCAUAGGGUUGUGGUAUUUUGGUGAAAUUGAGGAUCAAUACUCUUUCUUUAAGCUAUUUGUGAGAUUAAAGUUGAUGCCUUUUUCAAUUAUGUCCCCUUGGAUUCGAGGGUUUGAGAAGGAAAUUUCAGGGUUUUUGUUCACUUGGUUUUUGUUGGAUGCGUUUGUGGCAUUUAUUUUUGCUGUGGAUGCAUGGGUUACCAUUGUGGAUUCAAGGAGGACUGGGAGAGAGAUUGUAAAGGAAGGUUGCUAUUUGAUAUCAACAAUGUUUAACCAGGCUAUCCAAAUAAAAUCUAUGGAAACUAUACUCUGUGGUUCAGCAGCAAGAUGGGUCUUAACUCGGAUAUUUGGGAAGUUUUUGGCCUCAUUUUUCCAGUCAGCUAUGGAAGUUUACUUUAUGGUAGCUUGGUUGAUAUUUUACUUCGCUGCAAGGUCUAAAGAAGCUCAUUCAGAAGGGAGGAGGUUUGGGAGGACAGAAUUAGAGGGACUGAUUGAUGGCCUUAGAUGAUAAGUGAAUGAUGAUGAGAGAUGAUAGUUUCACUAGCAGGUGAUGCCAGCUGUAAUGCUAAAAUAGCGAGAGCCAUAAGUGCAGUGAUCUUUCAGUGCUUUGUGUGUUCCUGUUUUUUGCAGCUCCAGUCAGUCAACACUGCCAUUGGUAGGUGUAGAGUCAUCAACAAUAUGUUGUAUGUACUGUAUCACGAGGCAAUAUACUACUUGUGUAUAUUUUCCAGGAGAAUGCUUCAUGUGUAUAGUUUGUUCGAAUCAUUGUUCUAAAUCUCUUGCAAUACCUACUCUGUUAUUGAUCACAAUAUAGAUUGAGAAAGGUGCUAGUAUAAUGCACAAUUUUACUGAACUUGACGAAAGACCGAUUUUAUUGCCAGAUGAAGUCUUGCUGACCCACAAUGGGGCUAUCCGGGUUGAAGCUUGAUGUUUUUCUUCUUGAAAGAAGUUAGAAAAGACUGUGAUUUAUUUCCAAAUAGUGAUGCUUAACCUUCCUGACUAAUGUAAUUGUCCAGGAUGGGCUCAUAGUUUGAUCACCAUGACUAUAUUUUGUUAUUCUGUCAUAGUUUGAUCACCAUGACUAUAUUUGUUAUUCUGAGCUUGUUGCAUA